AUGCAGCACGGGGCACACCCGCCCUCCGCCUCGCAAGCCAAAUACGCCGUGGCACGCGUCGCCAUGCCGCCCCGGUUCCCCACCGCCCGCCUCCUCACCAGCACCAGGCCGCACAGGCUGCUCCCGUCCCGCUCCUCUCCCCUCUCCCCUCUCCCCUCCGCGUCCCUGUCCCCGGCCCCUCGCGCCCUCCGCCUCCCGCCGCCGCUUCUUCACCGAGGCGCGCGCCGCCGCCUGCUGCCCCGCGGCAUGGCCUCAGCCUCCGCCGCCGCCCCCAGGCCACACGCCGCCGCGGAGGCGCCCCCCGUCGGCGUGGGAGGAGAGGGCGCCGCCGCCCCGCGGCGGCUCGCCCUGGAGGAGCUUCCCUGGGACCAUUCCUUCGUCCGCGAGCUGCCCGGCGACCCGCGAUCCGACGCCAUCCCGCGGGAGGUCCUGCACGCCUGUUACUCCAAGGUGUCUCCCUCGGUCAAAGUGGAUAACCCCAAGCUGUUGGCGUGGUCUGACUCCGUGGCCGAUCUACUCGAUCUGGAUCACAAAGAGUUUGAAAGACCUGAUUUUCCUCAGUUUUUCUCAGGAGCAACUCCACUAGUGGGAAGUUUGCCCUACGCCCAGUGCUAUGGAGGACAUCAGUUUGGUGUAUGGGCUGGUCAGUUGGGGGAUGGUAGAGCGAUAACUCUUGGAGAGGUUGUCAACUCUCGAGGUGAGAGGUGGGAGUUGCAGCUCAAAGGUUGUGGAAAGACUCCAUACAGCAGAUUUGCUGAUGGUCUUGCUGUCCUACGCAGCAGUAUCCGUGAAUUCUUAUGCAGCGAAGCCAUGCACGGUCUAGGCAUUCCUACAACUCGUGCUCUUUGUCUAGUUGAAACUGGAAAAUCAGUUGUCCGAGAUAUGUUCUAUGAUGGCAAUGCCAAGGAAGAACCAGGUGCAAUCGUUUGUCGUGUUGCACCGUCUUUUCUACGUUUUGGUUCGUAUCAGAUACAUGCUUCAAGGGGCAAAGAGGACAUUGAAAUUGUUCGUCGUUUGGCAGACUACGUGAUACUUCAACACUUUCCGCAUCUUGAAAAUAUGAAAAAGAGUGAAGCCUGGGCAGUUGAGGUUGCAGAGAGGACUGCUUACUUGAUAGCUAGAUGGCAAGGUGUUGGCUUUACCCAUGGUGUACUUAACACUGACAACAUGAGUGUGCUGGGCCUAACUAUUGAUUAUGGACCAUUUGGCUUUCUCGAUGCCUUUGAUCCUAACUAUACUCCAAAUACCACUGAUCUUCCUGGGAAGAGGUAUUGUUUUGCAAAUCAACCUGGUGUUGGCUUGUGGAAUAUUGCUCAGUUUGCUGGACCACUGUCAUCUGCUGAGCUUAUCAGCAAAGACGAGGCAAAUUAUGUGAUGGAGAGGUAUGGGACAAAGUUCAUGGAUGAGUAUCAAUCUAUCAUGACCAAAAAGCUGGGCUUAACCAAGUAUAAUAAGCAGCUAAUUAGUAAGCUGCUUAACAACUUGGCAGUUGAUAAGGUUGACUAUACCAACUUUUUCCGUCUUCUUUCGAAUGUCAAAGCGGAUCCUGGUAUUCCGGAGAAUGAGCUGCUUGUUCCACUGAAGGCUGCUCUCCUAGAUAUUGGGAAAGAAAGGAAGGAAGCAUGGAUCAGUUGGGUACAGACUUACAUUGAAGAGCUGGUGGAGAGUGGCAUUCCUGAUGAAGAAAGAAAAGCCGCGAUGAACUCUGUUAAUCCAAAGUAUAUUCUCCGCAACUAUCUGUGCCAGUCUGCUAUCGACACAGCUGAGCAAAGUGAUUAUGAGGAGGUUCGCCGGCUGCUUAAAGUAAUGCAGAAUCCUUAUGAUGAGCAGCCAGGAAUGGAGAAGUAUGCGCGGUUGCCACCAGCCUGGGCAUACAGACCUGGAGUCUGCAUGCUGUCCUGCUCGUCGUGA